AUGAUUAAUAAGUCACUAGAGUCUUCAAAGCUAGCAAAUAAAAAAUCUCUCAAUCAUCAAAAAUUGGUCAAUAAUGACCUGUUUGAAGUGUUGCCAGUGCCUUCUGAGGUUUAUGAAAAUAAUUUGAACUUGAGUCUAGGUUUGAAAAAAAAUGUUUCAAAUGAUUCAGACGAUAUUUAUAAAUGUUCAAUAAAAGAUUCUAUUGACUCGUUGAAUUAUUACAACAAUAACAGAUCGCCUUCUCCUUCAACUACGCCCAUCUCAGCAACUGCACAUCUAUCCAACAAGAAACUAAUAAAUACAGAUAACUCAUCAUAUUCAUCAAAUCAUGUUAAUGAGUACCCAAUAGAGUCAAUAGAUGAUUUCUCAAUAAACCAAACUAAUUUCUUAACAUCUGGUUAUACUUUUAAUGGUUAUCAAAUUUCGGGUUAUAAAAAAUAUCAGGUCACUGUAACUUUGAAUACAGUCAACUUGCCUUCAGUAUCAAAUCCAAAUUCUGGCAACACCCUCCUCCAACCUCAUAUAACUGGUUUACUAUCAAUCAAAGGUUUAACAAAUCAAUACCCAGAGAUUUCUACCUUCUUCGAAGCUUACGUAGUAACUUCAAACUCAUGCACCACUGAUAAAUUAGACUCAAAUUUUGGUUUCUUAUCUUCCAGUUGGUCCACUCAUGAAUCGUUGGAUCCAUUCAAAGCAGACGAUCAAACUGAUAUAGAGCAUUGGUCAAACUUUUCAUCGUUCCAUCAAUUAUUCCCUGGAAACAAGAAACAACCAUCGAGUUCAAAAUCAAAUGAUGCACAAAGUAUGAUAGAUGGAACUGCUCUUCUAACACCAGAAAAUUAUAUUAAUCAAAGAUAUAUAUUCAUGAGAUGGAAAGAAAAGUUCUUGGUUCCAUACGAAUUAAACAACUCCAUCGAAGGUGCUUCCUUUGAUGGUUACUACUACAUAGUACAUGACCAACUGACAGGUUCAUUCAAGGGUUAUUACUAUCAUAAGAACGCCGAAAGAUUCCAACAAUUAGAAUUGGUUCCUGACUUCAAAAAAUCAAACGUUCAUUCUAACUCAUCCUUCGAAUUUGCAUAA